UACAACAUAUCGACAAUUACUUUGCAAGUAAUACUUCGAUAUCGCGUAUUGUCAUCAUUUAAUUGUCAUAUUCAUGUACGUCAAUAAGCGUUUCAGCGUGUACAACAUAUAAUACUGAUAACGCGCUACAUAUCAGUUUCUCCCUAACAAAUUAUUUCUUCGAAUGCAAAGUAGUAGUGGGAACGUGAGCAAGCAUUAUUGAUUCGUAGCAUUCUUGAUCAAUCGACAGUCAUCGACGGUAAAAUGAUUUUAGCUUGCCGAAUCGCCGCGUUACGUGGCAUCGCAGGUUUCGCGAAUCGCGCGAAUAAAAUCGACGUACGUUGCACAUCGCGCUACUGCAAGAUCGAUGAUAACGUCUUCGGAUUGAAUAAUGAACAAAAAGAGCUGCGCUCGCUCGUCUUUAAUUUCGUGCAAAAGGAAUUGGCGCCGAAGGCAGCUGAGAUCGACAAGAACAACAACUUCAACGAGUCGAGGACCUUCUGGAAAGAAUUGGGCAAACUGGGCCUGUUGGGAAUCACGGCAAAGCAGGAAUAUGGUGGCACUGGCGGUACAUACCUCGAUCAUGUUAUUGUCAUGGAGGAAAUCAGCAGAGCAUCAGCUGCAAUCGGGUUGAGUUACGUUGCACACUCCAAUCUCUGUCUCAAUCAGAUCCACAGAAACGGCACGGAAGAGCAAAAACACAAGUACUUGCCUAAGUUAUGUAGUGGCGAGCAUUUCGGUGCGCUCGCGAUGUCGGAACCAGGAUCUGGAUCUGACGUCGUUUCCAUGAAGCUACGGGCGGAGAAGAAGGGCGAUUAUUUUGUGUUGAACGGCAACAAAUUCUGGAUCACCAAUGGUCCGGAUGCGGAUACGUUGGUCGUGUAUGCGAAAACUGAUCUGAACGCGAGCCAACCGCAGCACGGUAUCACCACCUUUAUCAUCGAACGUGGCAUGGAGGGAUUCAGCACGGGACCGAAAUUGGACAAGCUGGGUAUGCGUGGCUCCAACACGGGCGAAUUGAUCUUCGAAGACUGUAAAGUUCCAGUCGCGAAUGUUCUGGGAGAAGUUAACAAAGGCGUCUACGUGUUGUUCAGUGGGCUAGACUUAGAACGAUUGAUAUUGUCUGCUGGAGGUUUGGGAAUUGUACAAGCUUGUUGUGAUCUUGCUUUUGAAUACGCACAUACGAGGAAACAAUUCGAUCAGUAUCUUGCGCAAUUCCAGUUGAUACAGGCGAAAAUGGCGGAUAUGUAUACAGCGUUAAACACAAGCAGGAGCUACGUAUACUCAAUCGCGAAAUCCUGCGAUGCUGGUCACAUAAAUCGCAAGGAUUGCGCCGCAACGUUCCUCUAUUCCGGUGAAAACGCUACGAAAGCGGCGUUGGAUACCAUACAAAUACUUGGUGGCAAUGGGUACAUCAAUGAUUAUGCGGCAGGAAGAUUGUUGCGCGACGCUAAGCUUUACGAAAUCGGCGGCGGCACGAGCGAAGUGCGACGUAUGGUCAUCAGUCGAGCUAUCAGUGAGGAAUACCUUUGAAAGAAUGACAAAAGUCUGCAUUAAUGAUACAUCUUCCUAUAUUCUGAAAUUUCAGAAUUAAAGUAACCUCUGUGAAAAUAGGGUAAAUGCUAGAUAAAACAGCAAUUAUUGUCAUGUUUCGAUAAUGAAACAUGACUUGCGUUAUAUAUAUCGUUCGAUUGUUAUUACUUUUCUCUCAUGUUAUAUCUAGUCAUAAGAACAGAUAGACAUGAGAGAUACUUUAUACUUCGUUAUUGAACACGUUUUAUAUGACUAAUUAAAUUUUGUAUACUUUGAUUGUUUUAU